AUGGAAGCAGCCAACAACAGUGUUACAGACGUACAAUUACAUAGCAAUAACAUAAGUGAAUCAAAUAUCUCACAUCAUAUACCAUCGUGGACUAGCGGAAUAGGUUCGAGUUUGGAGAACUCAACUGUAAGUCGUAUACUCAAUGUUGUAAAGAAAAGAAUAUCCUAUACAAAUUAUUCUUUCACAAUGUUCGGUGCAACUCUGAUAAUCUUAGGGUUUAUGCUUGCACUGAUGGCCGUGGUUAUAACUUGUAUAAACUCCUGCUGGAAAAAAAGAAGAGCAUCUACGAGAAAGCACUCAGCAGAAAAAACAUCGAAGUCUUCAAACGAUGAAUUACACAAGUUAAACAUGAUUAAGCCUAUCAUUACGGUAAGAAUUGAUGAAGAUGAAGAAGAAACUAUGACUGUCGAAAGAGAGACACUCACUAAAAUGUCAAACGAUGAAAACAGAGGUAUAACAACGGGGAUAGAUGCUGAUCAAGAUAAAACUAUUGCAGCAACCAACAAAAAUAGGGGACCGUAUGAUCAAAAUAGAAAUAAUUUGCUAACUAGGGAAUUAGAGGAUGUAUUGAAGAGCUUGAUGGGAUGUACAGGGCAAGAAGAAUCCAAAAACGCGAGAGCAUAUGCAACACAGUGUAAAUUAGAAUACAAAAGGAAUUCUAAGGAAGAAACGAGUUGCGAACUGACAAAGAUGAGUACCGGUCCGUCUAGCACUAUCGAAGUUAAAGUUGAUGUGCAUUGCAGUGAGUUUGAUAGGCAAAAACAUACUUUGUUGAACUGUGAGGGUGAAAAGAUGCGCAAUGUGGACGAUUCCUCUUCUGUUCUUACAACCAACAACUCUGCUAACUAUGAUAUGUGUUCUCAAUCCGAGUAUGAACAAAAACAUGCUGAGCAUAAGCAAAUACAUGGUGAGUUUGAGAAUGUUCUUAGCGAUAUUAAGAAGAGCAUCGACAGUUUGGCACUAAUGGAAUCGGAAUGCGAAGAAAUAACGAGCCAAAAUAAGAACAACGGAGCAAAUUAGUUAUUAUGUGCUGCAGAAACACCUGAU